AUGGAAGCAACCAGACUUUCAUCGGCUUCCGCCGCCCUGCUUUUGUGGCGGCCUAUUAUGUCGUUGCCAUCACCUAAUUGCCGGAGAAAACACGUUGGGCGGACUGUGAAAGCAGGUAGAUCAGAAAGAAAUGGACGACAUUAUGGGGGUAGGCUCGUGGACAAGAACAUGAUCGUGCUGCGAAUGCUCAUCAGGGAGAUGAAGAUUUCAGAGACAAGUCAGGCCGAGCCACCAUCAAACUGGACGGAGUGGGAGAAGCAAUAUUAUACGCAUUAUGAUGAGGAUGUUUGUGAAGUAAUAGGGCAAUUGCAGUCUUAUUUUGUUAAAAACUGUUGA